AUGGGGAGAGAGUGGAGAGGUGGAGAAAUUCUCUCGAAGAAGUUGGGAAAAUUUCUGGUUGGGAUCUUGGAGAUGGGAAUGAGGCAGAUCUGAUCAGUGAAGUUGUUGAAAAUGUUCAAGCCAAGUUGAAUUAUGCACCAAUGCAUGUUGCUGAUCAUAUUAUUGGGCUUGAUUCUCGGGUUGACGAUGUGAUGAGACUCCUAGAUGUCAAUGCUGAUGAUGUUAGGGUGCUUGGGAUGCAUGGGAUGGGGGGGCUUGGUAAGACUACUCUUGACAAGGCAGUCUACAACAAAAUAUAUACCACUUUUGAGGGCUCUUGUUUCCUAUCAGAUAUCAGAGAUGCUUCACGAUCAGUUCUUGGACUCGUCAAAUUGCAGAAGCAACUCCUGCAUGAUUUGUUUCAUGAAAAAGACUCAAAUAUAAAUGAUGUUGAUAGAGGUAUCAUCAUUAUCAGGAGUAGAAUCACGUCUAAGAAAGUCCUUGUAUUGGAUGAUGUUGAUCAUGAAAGGCAGCUCGAGAAAUUGGCAGGUAAACGAGACUGGUUUCAUGAUGGAAGUAAGGUUAUCAUCACUAUCAGGGAAGAGCAUGUACUGAAUGUGCAUAAAGUUGAUAAGCAUCAUAUCUACAAGCUCAAAGAAUUAGAUCCUAGCCAAUCGUUUCAACUCUUUAGCAGGCAUGCAUUUGAGACGGAUCAACCUAUUGAAGGAUACAUGAAGCUCUCAGAGAAUGUGGUAUCUACUACAGGAGGGCUACCCCUGGCCCUUGAAGUAUUGGGAUCACACUUUUCUGUUAUGACAACCUUGGAGGAAUGGGAAGAUACAGUGAGACAUUUGAAAAAUAUUCCUGACGAUGACGUCGUAGAGAAGUUGAAGAUAAGCUAUGAUGGCCUAAUUAAAGAAGAGCAGCAAAUAUUUCUUGAUAUUGCAUGCUUCUUCAUAGGAAUAGACAAAGAUUAUGCCACUGAUAUAUGGAAAGCUUGUGGUUUUCCCAAUUCAAUUAGAAAACUCUUGCAAACACUUACCAAGAUUGAUGAUGAGAAUAGGUUGCUGAUGCACGACCAACUUCGUGACAUGGGGAAACAUAUUGUUCAAUUAGAAAACCUUGAUGACCCUGGCAGGUGUAGUAGGUUGUGGUGUCAUGAUGUUGUCUUCAAUGUGUUAAAGAAUUGUAAGGGGACUAGAAAGGUUCGAGGCCUAAUUCUCAAUGAAAUUCCAUUAGAGGAGAGGCAGUGGGAAACCGAAGCAUUUAAACCCAUGACCAAUCUGAAACUACUUAGUGUUAAUCAUGCAUUUCUUGAAGGUUGUUUCAAAGUUCUUCCAUCAGAAAUAGUAUGGCUACAAUGGCAAGGGUGCCCAUUAGGGUACCUCCCAGAUGAUUUUAAUCAUAAAAAGCUUGUUGUCCUUGAUUUGUCACACAGCAAAAGCAUGCGGGUAUUGCAGGACCCAUCUCAAAAUAAGGUCAGAUACUUUAGUUCAAUUCACGUUCUUGGGAAAUUAAUUGAUCUGAACUUGAAGUACUGUUUCCUCCUCAAGGAACUGCCAAGCAGUAUUUCAGGGCUGCAUUCUCUUGAAAAGCUUCUUCUGUCUUAUUGUCGUAGACUUAGCAAGUUACCAGAACAGUUGGGUUCCUUAAAAUCAUUAUCAGAGCUUAUCCUUGAUGGAACUACCAUAGAACAACUACCAGAAUCUAUUGGAUCAUUAAAAAGACUUCGAAAACUAUCUCUACUUUCUGUAUGUCCCUUAAGAGUAUUGCCUAUCUCAAUUGGUGAAUUGGAAUCACUACAAGAGCUGUUAGAUGGGACUGCAGUGAGCGAACUACCCUACACCAUAGGUUCGCUAAAAAAGCUCAAAAUCCUGAGUGCAUCAUGCCAAUCACUUAAUGCCUUGCCCAAGUCAGAUCUCUUAUUGGAAAGUAUAUCCCUUACUGAGCUACCUUCAAUAGGGAAACUUUCAAAUUUGAAGCGUUUAUGGGUUACUGGUUGUCAAUCACUUGGUAGAAUACCCGAGUCAGUUGGGGGACUAAAGUUUCUUGCUGAGCUCCGUUUGGAUAGGACAAACAUGAUGGAGUUGCCUGAUUCUGUUGUAGAUCUUAGUGGGCUUGAGGAGAUAGAUAUAAGGGGUAGCGUUUUUUUCAAGAGGUUACUUGAUUCAAUUGGAAAUUUGAGCAACCUUUCUACCCUUCUCCUUGAUAACACUAUCAUAACGGUACUACCUACUUCAAUAAGAUUUUUGGUGAACCUUAAGAAGCUGUCCAUGAGCAAGUGCAGCGAACUCAGUAAAUUGCCAGCUUCAAUGGGAAACUUGAAGUCUCUGCAACAUCUAAAUGUGGAGGAAACUCCUAUAGUAGAAUUACCUGACGACGUUGGACUACUUUCUAACCUGGUUGUUUUGGAAAUGGCACACUGUCGACACCUCAGAGAGCUCCCUGUAAGCUUUGGCAGCCUUACGUGUUUAAGGACUCUCAAAAUUCAAUACAAUUGUGAGUUGACAAGGCUUCCAUCUAGUUUCUCCAGUCUUUGUUCCCUGGAGGAAUUGGAUGCAGAUCAUUGUAAUCUCCAAGGGGUGAUUCCAGACGAUUUUGAAAACUUAUCGUCAUUGACAACCUUGAACCUAAGCUACAACAAAUUCCAAAACCUGCCCAAAAGUAUGAGUGGCCUUUCUCAGCUUAAAAAACUAUCCUUAUCUCAUUGUACGCAGUUGUUGGAGAUCCCUGAGCUCACCACCAGUUUGGCUUUCCUAGAUGCUGUGAACUGCACAAAUAUGGAAAAGUUGCCUGACCUCUCUUGCCUUUCUAAACUACGAGAAUUGUAUCUCACAAACUGUGAGAGGCUAAUCGACAUACAAGGUCGCAAUGGGUUGAUAUCCUUGGAAGACUUGUACUUAAACGGGUGUGGUUCUCAUGUUUCAAAUAGUCCAGGUCUAGGAAAGGAAACAUUUAUACAAUUACGUCGUUUUCGUGUUUCUGGAAGCAAAGUUCCAAGCUGGUUCAUGUUUCAGACACUAUCAUGCGUGAUACCGAGAGUCUCGGAUGAGGGCCUGAAGAUUAGAGGAGUGAUAUUGUGCUUGGUUUUAUCUGUUGAUAGUGAGAUGCCAAUUGAUGAUGGCCUUGACAUUCCACAUGUUCAAUUCACGGUCAUGAGGAAUGGCAUGCAAUGGAUGAGUCCUACACUUAAGUUGGGCAGCCCAAAGGCUAACCAGGAUCAAGUUUAUUUAUACCAUUUUCAAGAAGAUGAUGCUCUUGUCCUUAUCUUGGAAGAUGGGGAUGGAAGUUAAAAUCGUAAAUAAUCUUCCAACAUUAACCCCAUCCAUUCAUAUUAAGAAACUGGCUUUUCAUCUUGUUUACAAACCAGAGGAUACCAAGGAUACAAUCCAAGAGAAGCUAGCAGAGUUCUUCAAUUCAAUGGAUGCUCAUGAGGAUGCUCUUGAGAUUGUACAGAUCCACAGUUUACAGGCCCACAAUUUACAGACCUAUCAUCCUGAACGGUACUAAAUAUUGUUUUUCUAGGGCCGCUAAACUAUGCUUCUUAUAUAUCAAAUAUAUAUUCAAUAUCAGAUGUCCAGGUAAACAAAUGCUUCAAAUUGGAAUGCAUAUUUUUCUUAUUAGUGUUUUAAUUCAGUUCUUCACAAAUGCAUCCUUCUGUAAACUGAGUGUCAACAGUCAACGGCCCUUGAACUAGAAAAAUGUAUCAAAUGUAGACCUGCUCGUUCUGAUCUUUAAAAGGAAUUAAACUUGUUGUUUUAUUACAGAGAACUUCCCCCACAUUUACAAUAUGAUCCAUUUUUGCCUCAACUCUCUCUCUCUCUAUCUAUCAUCUGGUCAUGUAGUUGGUAAACGUGUGUUGCGUGCAUGUUACCUGUUACAUGUGCAUGUUUGCUUGCAUAUCAAACUGUAUUCUUCACAGCUUGAAGUAUGCAUCAUGGUAACUGUUCCUUAUAUAGAAUCAUGU